UUUGUUUUAUUUUCAUUUUUUAGCUUUGAAAAAGUACUUUUUAUGCAGUAAAAAAUUAGUUGCAAAUGUCGUGUACAACAGUUAUACUAUAUUCACACCCCCUCACAGAAAAUUUGGCUAAUGAAGUAAUAGAUGAAUGUUAUCAAAAUCAUUUAGAAGUAAUCAAAGGAGACAUUUUAUGGAAAAGAUUUCAAGAUGAAUGGCCUAACCUUUUCAUUACAGAUGUGAAAAAUAAGUGUUCUCGCAAACAUGUUGUUUUCAUUGGUUCAUUGCAUUCACCGGACAUUAUAUUUGAACAGAUUGCUAUUCUUUAUUCAUUACCUCGCUACUUGUGUCAAUCUUUUAUUUUUAUACUUCCUUAUUUUCCUACUGCUACUAUGGAGCGUGUUGAUACAGAAGGGAGAGUUGCAACUGCUUCAACUAUGGCUCGUAUUCUUUCUGCAAUACCAUUAUCAAGCCAGGGUCCUUGCCAGAUAAUUAUAUUUGAUAUACAUGCUUUACAAGAGCGUUUUUACUUUGGUGACACUGUUAUACCAAGAUUAGAAUCAGCUAUACCACUAUUGUUGAAAGAACUAGAUAAAGCAUCCCACCAUAGAAAGAUUUCUAUUACUUUUCCUGAUGAUGGAGCUUACAAGCGUUUCCAUACAAUGUUUGAGUCUAGAUUUGUUAAGCCACAUUCCAAAAAUUGGGAUUAUCCAGAAAUUGGCCUGGAAGCUGCUAGAAAUGCACUAGAGGAUGCUGGUAUCAAUUACCUACUUGUAGAUGCUGUUGUUGUUAGUCAUGUCUAUGGUGAAUCUACAUCUGGUCAAAAAGCUGUGUAUGGACUUGGUCUGACUGGUAUUCCAAUUUUCAAUACAAAUAAUAAUUGUUCAUCUGCGUCAUGUGCACUUAUGUUAAGCAAGAUUCUUGUUCAAAGUGGAGAUUAUAAAUGUGUUCUUGCUCUUGGUUUUGAAAAAAUGGACAGAGGUUUAACAGUGAAGUGGAAUGAUCGAUUGCAUCCUUCUCAAGCACAUUUUGAUUACAUGAGAAAGUUAGGUGUUCCAGCUGAAAAUAUUCCAUCUCUUGAAAGUUUUACUUCUGAUGUUUUAAAGGUUUACGCUUAUGGUGCUUGUGAACAUGCCAAAAAAUAUGGAACUACUAAAGAACAGCAUGCUAAGAUUGCAUACAAAAAUCAUUAUCAGAGUCAAUAUAACCCUAAAGCUUGUCUACAGAAAGUUUUUUCAAUGCAAUCCAUUAUGUCUCAAGUUAUAUGUGAGCCUAUAACUUUGGCAAUGUGUGCCUUGACUGCUGAUGGGGGUGCAGCAGCUGUUAUUUGCAGUGAAGACUUUAUGGACAAGUAUAAUUUAAAGUCAAAAGCAGUUGAAAUAAUUUCACAGAAAAUGGUAACAGAUCUUCCUUCUUCAUUUAAUGGAAGUUUACUCAGUAUUGGAGGUUACGAUAUGGCCAAAAAAGCAGCACAGGAUUGUUUUGCAGACUCUGGAUUAUCAAUUCAUGAUAUUGAUAUAAUUGAGUUGCAUGAUUGCUUUGCUUGCAAUGAGAUGUUUUUAUAUGAAGCUUUGGGAUUAUGCAAAGAAGGAGAGGGAGGGUUGUUGAUUGAUAAUUCCAAAUGGAUAGAAAACUCUAAUGGUGGUAAGUUAUGUCAACUUGGUAGUAGAUGGUAUGUUAACACUGAUGGUGGAUUGGAAUCUAAAGGACAUCCUAUUGGCGCUUCUGGGUUGGCACAGUGUGCCGAGAUUGUUAAUCAACUCCGAGGAAAUGCUGGUUUACGGCAAGUAGAUAAAGCAAAGUACGGUUUGCAACAUAAUUUUGGCAUUGGUGGCGCUGCUGUAGUUACGGUUUAUGGAAAAUUAAGUUUGUCAAAACUUUAAGAAAUUUUAAUUAUUUAACAUUUAACAGCUUAAAAA